CAACCAGUUCUCGGACCGAUCACUUUUGGCCUGUGCCUUCUCUCAAUCCCAACCUCAUGCGAAUGCGACAUCUGAACUCAACAACGUCCACUGUUCGUACCACUCAUCCGCACUCUUCUGCGUCUCUCUCUCUCUCUCUUUUUCUGGCUCGCUCGCUCGCUCUGAAACCAGGAAGGAUGGGUGUGGCGUCACUCGUCCACCACCCUGUCCACCUGCCACUUCCCGGUUUGAUCAAGUUGUCUCCUCCCCAAUUCACCCUCAGGAAGCCCAAGAAAUCUUGGAAGGGUCACUGCUUCUCCUCCCUGCCUUCCUCUCGAGUUCUUCGCUGUCCAUGCCCGCCUCUCUCUUCGACUCCGUUAGAGUCGAAUUAUCGGCUUCUUGGCCGGAUUUUCUCGCCGAUUUCUUGCUACAGAGACUCGGAGCAGGAUGGUGUCGCUUACUCGGAAUACGUGGAAAAUGAGGGUUCUCAAGCAGAUGAGGAUGCAAAAACCAGUAGCUCCGUUCACAGUAAUCGUUCACUUGGAAGUCACAAGGAGUCAAAGGAAGAAGCUGCAGAGAAUUAUCUGUCGUCCAUAAGAACGGUCGUGUUUUGGGUGUGUGCUGCUGUGGCAUUUGGGACUUUCGUAGGGUUCAAAGAAGGAGUUGACAAGGCCUCUGAAUUUUUUGCUGGUUACCUGUUGGAGCAAAGCUUGUCGGUGGAUAACCUUUUUGUCUUUGUUCUAAUCUUCAAGUACUUCAAAGUUCCCCCACCAUAUCAGAAGCGAGUACUUUCUUAUGGCAUUGCUGGUGCAAUUGUCUUUCGUGCAAUAAUGAUAGCGCUUGGAACUGCUACUAUAGAGAGAUUCGAGGCAGUGAAUUUACUGUUAGCUGCAGUUCUUCUUUACUCGUCAUACAAGCUAUUUGAAGGAGAUGAUGAAGAGGACGAUUUGUCAAAUAAUUUCAUUUUGAAGUUAUGCCAGAAAUUUAUCCCUGUCACAUCUUACUAUGAUGAGGAUCGGUUCUUCACCUUGCAAGAUGGUAUCAAGAAGGCAACGCCUCUACUUCUCACUGUUGCUGUUAUUGAACUUAGUGACAUUGCGUUUGCAGUGGAUUCAAUACCAGCAGUCUUUGGAGUUACACAUGACCCUUUCAUAGUUUUUUCGUCAAAUUUAUUUGCCAUAGUAGGUCUAAGGUCACUCUAUACACUGAUAUCUACUAGCAUGACUCAGUUGGAUUAUUUGCAGCCCAGUAUUGGGGUCGUUCUGGGCUUCAUAGGCUGCAAAAUGAUUUUGGAUUUCUUUGGUUACCACAUAUCAACAGAGGUUUCCUUGGGUUUUGUCGCAAUAAGCCUGGGUGCUGGAAUUAUAUUGAGUCUGACCAAAACUGCUGACACAAAGGAGUAGCAGAUAGCAAGGCUUCAAUUUCAUGUGGAUAAAAUCUUCAGAGAAAGUUAUUUAAGAGAAGUGUAUAAAAUCAUGUCUGGAUGCCUGUUUGCUCACGCAUGUUUCACACAGAUCAUACCUGGUUUUUGUUUGGCAGCAUUGACGAACCUGGUAUUUUCAGUUUCCUUAUCUUGUCCAACUGUUACCUUUGAAAUUUUGAACAAACAGGAAGGAUUUUGCUCAUCGCAACCUUUCGGAGAUUGAGCGCUCUCUGCUAUGUGCCAAGGCCUCUUUAACUUUUGCUCCAAAGUUUACGUUUGAAGCUUGGUCGUCACCGCCUUCUCUAUCAAAAGUUCCAAAACCUGUUAGCUUUGGCAUCUGAUGAGUUGGCAAAUUCUGCCAAGCUAGACCGGGACAAUCAUUUACAGCUGGUCUCGAGCUAAAGGCUGGUGAUGGUUUAGUUGGUCUUUCUCUGAGGCUGGAGGUACUGACUCUGUUAUUUGUUGAUUUCUCAGAUGUAACCAAGGUUUGCAUACGGGGAUUUGGGGAGCAUGUCUGUUUCUAGAGUGGCUUCGUCCCUGAUGCAGUGUUGCUUGUUCCAGGAGGUUGUAAGUUAAUGGUUUAAUCAAUUUUAUUAUUCCUUCCUGCUUCAGAGGCAAGGAGAUGGCCCUGUAGCAGCAGAACAAAAUAAUGUAUAGGCCUCAAGGGUGUCUGCAACAGUCAGUACGUCUUUUAUGUAAUGUCUUCUGUUGAUGGUAACUCAGCUUUUGUUAGGUGGAGCAAGCUUGUCUCUGUCACAUGGUUUCUUAUUGAUUGUCCGGCUUGAUGUUUUUUACCUGGUUCUGGUGCAUGUGGUGAACACCGUGAUCAAAACGGUGUAAUUUUUAUGGAAUUUCUUUGCCCCGUGUA